AUGGUGCAGUCUAGAAUAGCAUGGUUGCAGUGCGGUGAAAAGUCCGCUGUGCUGGAUUUCGUCGAACGUCGCGUCGUGUGCACGACGUCGCUAGUUUGCCACCCAUGCCUCCCAACCAUGGAUGUCGAACCUGGGGAAACAUCCUUGAACGACAAGGUCUUAGCCACCGCAUCUGGCGGCGAAAACCGCGGGCCAUUCCUUGCGCUAGAUGCUGCGACACAGGCGGAAGCGAUUGCGACAGCAGGAGGGGCGGCGGCGUCGCCUGCUGACGUGUCAAUAAAGGACGGGGUCACGGGAGUCACGGACACCCUACUGGCAGCUGACGGGUCCCGUUUUUUACUGUUAUCUUCCGCCUUUUCCGCGUCUUCUAGUGGCGACGGCGCUUCUGGAAGUAGCAAUAGCAGUAGCGCGUAUGGCGGACCAGGCGUGGCGCAAGCGCUGUGCGCGCUUAAGCCCGCGGCGCCGACCAGCAAUGUCUCGCAGGAGGCGCAGCAUCAGCAGGCCCCGCGCCAGCUGUCCCUCUCGUUCUUUGCGCGCGCCAGCCUGUGCACGGAGGGGGAAGGGCGUGCGGAAGGGGCCGCGGAAGGGGCCGCGGAAGGGGAGGCGGAGCGGCUGUUGAAGGUGCUGCUGCUGGCAGUUCCGCUCAACGCUUCCGCCGCCGCCGCGGCAGGGGGAGGGGGAGCAGCAGGCGGAGCAGCAGCAGCUGCGGGAGGGGCGGAGGAAGGAGGAGCGGGGGCGCAGGUGUGGGGGGAGUGGCAGGUGGGAGUGCCAUGUGGGAAGAGCAUUGCGAGUUUGUCCGGCGCCUUACCUUGGGCCUGUGGUGGGUCACAGCAGCCUCGAACCCUUGGGUUGAUUCGGGCUGCAGGAGCGGGGGAAACAGAAGCAGAAGCAGCAGCGCCGGCAGUGCAAGCAGCUGGGGGGAUGGCAGUAGGGGGUGCGGUGUCUGUAUCCCCGAAUGUGGCAGUGGCAGCAAAGGGUGUGGGGGAAAGGCCUUUAUCCCAGACAGCACCAGCAGCGGAGGGUGUGGGGGAGAGACCGGCACAAGCAGCAGAGGGGGGUGCGGGCGCUGUUACCCCAAGUGAGGCAGUAGCAGCGGUGCAAGCAAGUGGUGGGAUGGCGUCAAGUGGUGCAGGUCCUUCAUCCCUUACUGCUGCACCAGCAGCAGAGGGUGUGAGGGAAAGACCGCCAUUAGCACCAGCAGCAUCCGGUGUUGCUGGGAAUGCGGGAGGAGCAGGAGGGGCAGGAGGAGUAGGAGGAGCAGGAGUGGCGGAGUCGGCAAGUCCAAGGAGAGUGGGAGUGGCAUCGGAGGCAGGCAGCAUGGCCGUUGACCUUGUGUCUGUCAUGUCCACCCGCACCAACCCCUCACCCCUCAAGUCCUUCACCCACUGGCCGCUCUCCAGCUCCCACCCGCUCCUCACAGCCGGCUCAACACGCCGCAACCGCUCCUCCCUCUCCCUCACCACGCUCUCCGACCUCAACGCUGCCGCCCUCGCGCUGCACCCCACCCCCUUCGCCCUGCUCGCCCCCGCCACGCCCUCCUCCCCCUGCCGCCCCUUCUCCUUCUCCACCUCCUUCUCCUUCCGCAUCUCCUCCCCCAAUGCCGCCGGGCUGGGCGGCGAGGGCUUGGCGUUUGUGAUGCUGCCGUCUCCUACCCUUGGCUUGCCGGGGCCCUCCCUGGGCUACGGCCGCCUGCUGCUGCCCCCGGGGAGUACGAGUGGUGCUGAUAAUGCCAGUGGCGUGUCAUCUCAGCACAGGAGCCUAGCAGUGGAGUUUGACACGGCCUCUUCCCCCGAGUUCUUCGACCGGCCCGACCACCACGUGGGGGUGAACCUGCACGGCAGCAUGCUCUCUCUCGCCUCUGCCCCCGUGCACCCCCUCGGCAUUCCGUCCCUCAACGCCGGCCAGACCCUCCUCGCCACCAUCCACUACAACGCCUCCUCCUCCCUCCUCACCGUCUGGCUCUCCCCUGCCCCCUCCUCUUCUGCUUCUUCCUCCUCCCGCUCUUCCGCCUCUCCCACCUCUUCCUCUCGCACCUCUUCCUCUCGCUCCCUUGGUUUUCCUCGCUUUCUUCGCUUCCCGCGCCCUUCCCGCUCUUCCUCCUUUUCCUCCUCCUCAGCCUCCUCCCACUCCGCUCCCCCUCUCCCGCGCUCGGCCGUGCUGACCACAUUCCUGGACACCUGCGAGUGGCUGGGGGGGAACGACCCGGAGGCAGCAGCGCCCCACCCGCUGCUGUUUGUGGGAUUCACAGCGGCCACGGGCAAGGGGGCGGAGAAGGCUCAGGCACACGAGGUGCUGGGGUGGACCUUCCAAGUGGGGGAGGCAGCGGAGGAUCCGCUUCCGUUUUGGGCGGCAGACUCGUUCUCCUUCCCCUACAUCACGCCAGCCACUCCCCUGCUGACACGUGGCAGCACACGAAGGCGUUUCUUCGCCGCCGAUCUCUCCGUCGCUGCUGACGUGGCAUCAUCCACCGGCACCGGCCAAUCAGAUGAGCCCGCGCCUGGAGCCCUCUUCUUCCCUCGCCCGGAAGCAGCAGCAGUGGCGGUGGCGACAGCAGUAGCAGUGGUGGCGGCAGCAGCAGCAGCAGCAGCAGCAGCAGCAGCAGCAGUGGCGGUGGCAGCAGCAGCAGCAGUGGCAGUGGCAGCGGCGGCAGCAGCAGCAGCAGCAGCGGCAGCAGCAGUGGUGGCAGCGGUGACAGCAGCAGCAGCAGCGGCAGUGCAACGGACCUGUCGUCGCCAUCCUUUGGGCAGCUGGUCGUUGGGUUCACCAGCGCUGCUCUCCCUCCCCCCCCUGGUCGCCUGCCCUCCCCCGUCGCCCUCUCCUCCUGGACCUUCCGAUUCACAGGUAGAGGGGGGAGGGGAGGGGUUGACAAGGGGGGAGAAGGGAAGGGGGGAGAAGGGAAUGGGGGAGAAGGGAAUGGGGGAGAAGGGCAUGGGGGAAAAGGGAAUGGGGGAAAAGGGUAUGGGGGAAAAGGGUAUGGAGGAGAAGGGUAUGGGGGAAAAGGGUAAGGGGGAAAAGGGUAUGGGGGAAAAGGGAAGGGGGGAGAGAGGAGAGGGGAAUGGGUUGAAGGGGGGAAACGCAGGAAGCAAGGGACUUCCAUCCUGUUGUCUUGUCUUGAAUACCCUUUCUCACCCCCUCGCACUUCUUUCUCACCCCCUCGCACUUCUUUCUCACCCCCUCGCACUUCUUUCUCACCCCCUCGCACUUCUUUCUCACCCCCUCGCACUUCUUCACAACCCUUCACACCCCCUCGGCAUUCCCGUACGGUUCCCUAUGUCCCCAUUCUCCUCCUGCCUGCCUCAUACUUCCGCUCCACACACUCCCCAUUCCCAUCCUCCCUCCCCAUGGACAGACACCAAUCCCUGCAAUGCCUCUCCAGUGCUCCCCUGUGACACCGACCCCUGCAAGGGUUCUCCAGUGCUCCCCUGUGGCACUGGCGUGUGCACCAAGGCACCUGCCCCGUGGGACCCGUCUGUCCUCCUGCCCUCCUGCAAGUGCCCCUUCAAUCUCCCCUCCUUCGAACCCACCCACCUCGUCGGCCUGCCCUCCUGCUUCCCUGAGACCUUCACGUGUCGCCAGCUCCCCGCCAACCCAUGUGCCCCGGGGGUGUGCAUCGAUGAAAUGGAUGGCACCUACUCUUGCCUCUGCCCCGCGCCCUUCUUCUCCUUCUACUUCUUCCCCAAAGGCACUGCCCGCUGCCACCUCUUGCCAAUUUUCCUGUCACCCUAUGGACUCACAUGCCCACUCAUCCUCAGUGCUUACGGGCUCACAGAGACCGAAUUCUUUCUCCAAAACAAGGGGUUUAAAUGCCGAGCGCCCAUCCCUGUAAACACAAUAGUCAACGUCACCAGCCGGGCGUUCUCGCCAUGCACUGCCAUGUACUCUGCUAGUUAUGGUGACACGUGUGACUCACUCAAUGCCCUCUUCUCCACGCAGAUACAGCCACUCAACCCCGCCCUCAGCUGCUCUGACGGGCCCAGGCCCGGCCAGUCUAAGAGCCAAGGGGCGGCAAUGACUGAGCCAAUCCUUCAACCACCCCCUCUUGUAGCCAACUACGCGAGCCAAGGCAUGCUCGUUACUGAGCGGGGCCCUCAACCACCUCCCCUCCUAGCCAACUAUACAAGCCAAGGCGUGUUAGUGACUGUGCUGCAGGGCCCGCAGAGCUGCCAGCAGCUGUGGCGGGCGUUUGCCAUCUCCUCCCCCACGCGCUUCUUCCAGAUGAAUCCCGGCGUCUCCUGCGACUCGCUGCUUCCACACAGCCCCCUGCAGGGCAACAUGAUGAGCAAGGGUCAUGCUCCUGCCACACAGCCCCCUGCAGGGCAACAUGAUGAGUCGGGGGAGCUGGGCCAGGAUGUUUUUGAGAAUUCUUGA